AUGAGACAUUUCCUGCAACUAGGAUCAAGUACUUCACUUGGAAUCCCGGAAUUUGCGACUCUGGCUUCCCUCCAUACUAAUGAUGGUUGGCAACUCCCUCCUGCAAGAUCAGAGGCUCAAGUUCAGCUACACACAAUGCUUACAACGCUCGACCUUAUUGAAGAAGAAGAUUACUAUGAAUGGGAGAUAGAUGGCAGGAAGUGUAGUAGAUACUCAAUGGGCCACGUGUAUUAUCACCUUAGAGAUCAAGGAGUCUCUGUCCCUUGGUUCCAGACGGUUUGGAACAAAAGUGGAGUGCCAAGACACAGCUUUCUCUCCUGGCUGUUUGUUUUGAACCGUUGCCCUACGAGAGACAGAAUAAUUGGUUGGGGUCUUGCUACUCCAGCGGUAUGUCUGCUCUGCGAUGUGGAAUCCACGGUGAACGAUCUUGGAGCAGGGUCUUGCUGCAGCUGCAGGUGGUUAACAAACGAUCACCAAUUGGUAUGCUCUCCUUAUUAUGCUGGCAAGCGUGCUUGUAUUGGUCUUGGUCAGAAAGGAAUACCAGACUACACAGAAACAUCUUCUCCUCUUCUGAUGUUCUGA